GGUAAACUCCCCGGAAAAUGUGUAUCUGCCGAGUACAAGAAGGAGUACGGGGUGGACGUGUUUGAGAUCCAGGAAGGAAGUGUCACCGAGGGCCAGACUGUGGUGGUAGUCGAUGAUCUGCUUGCCACCGGUGGAACCCUCAAGGUACUCGUACAUUCAUUUAUAACUUUGCCACUGUGAUCUUUAUGUAGUGUAUGUCCAUAAAUAGUCCCACAACGAACCGGACAGCUUGACGUAGAUUGACGUAUUAGCUACCAAUGUAGUAGAAUCU